AUGGCCUCUGUCCUCCGUAACACGGCCCGCCUGACGGUUCCCUCGCUCCGUCACGGUGUUGUACGUCCCACACUUAGAGCAGCAAGUCGUGCUCUGGCAACUCAGACAGACCGCAAGCAAGCGACAGCAGCAGCAGCAGCAGCUGUCUCUUCAGUUUCCGAUGCCUUCGAGCAACCCUACUUCCCUGACGAGCCAACGGGCCCAAUCGUCCGAACCGCCAUUCCUGGACCCAAGAGCAAGGCAGCUAUUAAGCAAUUGGACAAAGUCUUCGACACACGUAGUCUGAACAUGAUGGGCAACUACCAAGACAGCUUCGGCAACUACAUCGCUGACCUCGACGGCAAUGUCUUGCUCGACGUCUACGCUCAGAUUGCGUCAAUUCCUGUUGGCUACUCCAACCCUUCUCUUUUGCUCGCUGCUACGUCGAAGGAGAUGGCCUCAGCAAUCAUCAACAGACCUGCUUUGGGCAACUUCCCUCAGCACGAUUGGGCCGAUAUUCUCGAGACUGGUAUCCUACGUGUUGCUCCCAAAGGUUGCAACCAGGUCUUUACGGGCCAGUCUGGCAGUGACGCCAAUGAGCUCGCCUUCAAGGCUGCUUUCAUGUGGAAGAGAGGCCAAGAGCGUGGUGGUCCUGAUGUUGAUUUCACCGAGGAGGAGAUGGAGUCUUCGAUGAACAACCAAGCCCCUGGUGCUCCUCAACUCAGUAUCAUGUCCUUCAAGUCUGGUUUCCAUGGCCGCAUGUUCGGUUCUCUAUCAACCACUCGCAGUAAGCCUAUCCACAAGCUCGAUAUCCCCGCAUUUGACUGGCCUCAAGCCCCCUUCCCUAUGCUCAAGUACCCUCUUGAGCAGCACGCUGAGGAGAACGCCCAAGAGGAGGCCCGCUGCCUUGAGGAGACUGAGCGUUUGAUCAAGACAUGGCACCUGCCCCCGGCCGCCAUCAUCAUUGAGCCUGUUCAAUCCGAGGGUGGUGAUAACCACGCCUCGCCAGCUUUCUUCCGCGGUCUUCGUGAAAUCACCCGCAGAAACAAUGUCCUGAUGAUCGUCGAUGAGGUCCAAACUGGUGUCGGUGCAACUGGCAAGUUCUGGGCUCAUGACCACUGGAACCUCGAGGAUCCCCCAGACAUGGUGACCUUCAGUAAGAAGGCACAGACUGCUGGAUACUACUUCGGCAACGAUGAGCUGAGACCCAACAAGCCCUACCGUCAGUUCAACACCUGGAUGGGUGACCCGGCUCGUGCCAUUCUCUUCCGUGCCAUCAUCAACGAGAUUGAACGUCUCAACCUGGUCCAGAACACUGCCGAGACUGGAGACUACCUCUACUCCGGCCUCGAGCGUUUGGCCCAGAAGUUCCCCAAGGAGAUUCAGAACCUUCGUGGAAAGGGUCAGGGCACAUUCAUUGCAUUUGACUCACCGCGUCGCGAGGACGUGUUGGCAAAGGCAAAGGGCCAGGGUAUCAACAUCGGUGGAAGCGGCGCUCAGGCUAUCAGACUGAGACCUAUGCUGAUCUUCCAGAAGAAGCAUGCGGAUAUCUUGCUUGAAGGUCUUGAGAAAGUGUUCCAGUCGUAG